GAAGUCUAAAAGGAAAAGAGAAUAACAGGUAGGUAUUGGCUAUGGACUGAUGUUCACUUCUCAAGAGUCAAGAGAAACAUCGAAGAGGAACAACUCCAAUUCCAAAUUGUUCCAUUUGAAUCUGAACUCUAGAAAACAAACACAUAACCUAAAACCCUAAUUCUCUAUGUAUUUUACAUAGAGAAAAAACCUCAGAAAUGUGCUCUUCUUUAAUUAUCCCAUCUUCUCUUACCUUUUCACCUAAUUCCCAUUUCAUCUACCGUCAAGAUUCCAUUUUUCCCUCACACCCAUUUCUCCUUAGGCCUAAAACUCCUAAAUUUUCACUCUUUGCUUCAGUUUCAGAAAAAACUUCAGAAUUUUCUUGGGGUUUAUCUGAUCCAAAUGCCUUUAACGAGUUCAAUGGUUGGGACUUUGUUGAACCUCCAGUUAUCAAGAAGAAGAAGCAACAAAAAGGUUUGUCAAAAUUUUUGGUUAUUGGCAUGUCAGUGUCUCUUGCUGCUGGACUUGGUGUUGCUUCCUACUUUUCACUAUACCAAAAAGGAUUCAAAUUUCAAUUUACUGGGCCAUUCGGUGGAUUGCAUGAUAAGUUAGUACCUAAUGAGGCUGCUAGUAAGGCAGAAGAUGACGAAACUGCUGCUGAUUUGUUGAUGGAAAGUGCUCAGAUUUCUGAAACAAUCGAGCAGGGUGUUUCUGAUUCCGAUGAUAAAAAUGUUGCUGUGGAGACAAGCCAUGUUACAACUAAAGCAGUAGCUAGAAGAGUACUUGGACGUAUUACAAUUCCCUUUGCUGUAGAUUCUACUCAAGAAGAAGCUCUUUUCGUGCUGAAGAAACUCAAGAUCAUUGAAGAUGAUGUUAAAGCGGAUGAAUUAUGUACAAGGAGGGAAUAUGCAAGAUGGUUAGUUAAUGCAAAUACACAACUGGAAAGAUGGAGAAAGCAUCGGAUAGUUCCAUCAGUUGUGCUUUCUGGGUCUACAGUAACUGCCUUUGAUGAUGUGAGUGUUGAAGACCCUGAUUUUGCCGCCAUUCAGUCUCUUGCUGAAGCUGGUAUUAUUCCUAGCAAACUGUUAGAUCGGGAGUUUGCUUCCACUCCAAAUGUUUCAGAAGAUCAGGGCAUCUGUUUUUUCCCCAAUAGAUUUUUGUCUCGCCAAGAUCUAAUUAGUUGGAAAGUCAAAAUAGAGUAUGAAGUCAUGCCAGGGAUAGACAAAGAGAUAUCAAGGAAGAAUAUAGGUUUUCUGGAUGUGAGGGACAUCAAUUCUGAAGCUUUGGUGGGACUUUUUGUGGAUUUACGGGCUGGUGAACGGAGUAUUCUUCGAAGAGUUUUUGGACAGGCGAAACGAUUCCAGCCUAAUAAACCAUCCACAAAGGCUCAGGCAGCUGUUUCACUGACAAGUGGGAGAAUGGAAGAGUAUAUACAAAGUGAACUGUCAAAACUUGAAGCAGAAAAUUCUUCAAGACUAAUGGCAAUGGAAGAAAUCAAGACUGUGCUUCUUGAUAGAGGAGAAAUACAGAGGAUUUGGGAGAGUAAAAUGGAAGUAGAAAGAAGUCGUGGUUUCGAGGUAGAGUGGGAUUAUCUUGCUUCUGUUAGAGAUUUAGAAGAGGAAAAGAUUGUACAAGAGAAUGCUCAAGCUGAUCUUCUGAAGCAGAAGGCAGCUUUAGACUGUCAGAAGCAGCUACUUUCUAGUCUUAAGGAAGAGGUCGAUGAGAUGUCCGAAAGGCUUGCUUUUGAGAAGUCUAAGCAUGUCGAUGAGCAGAGUAAUUUAAGUGGUACGCUUCAAGAUUUGCAGGUUAAGCAUGAAGCUUUGCUUGAUGCAAAAUCUUUGUUGGAAGCUGAGAUCGAAGCUUUGCGAAAAUUGAGAUCAUGGGUCGAGGAUGAAGCGAGAAGAAGUCAAACCCGUGCUAAAGUUCUCGAGGAGGUUGGACGAAGGUGGAAAUGGGAGGAGCAAUAGGGGUGUCCUAUAAAUGAAAUAAUCCAGCUGCUUUAAUAUACACUUUGUCAAUGUCAUGGUCAUUUUUCCUCUUAAAUAUUUCCUUGGCAGCAGCUUGUAAACUAUUAAGAGUUGUUCUCUUCUCUGCCUCUCAAUUAAUAUUUUUGGAUGGGAAUCGUAGAUCUUGUGUAAUCUGUCACUAACAGAAAGAAAUUUCAAGGAAUUGAAGAGUAAACUUUUGUUGUGUAUUCGUGGAUACAUCCAAGAUGUAAACAUUUUGAGCCUCCUCGGAGUAGUAGUUAAAGCUAUGACAUAAAAAAGUUAGUGUUUA